GCAUACGCUAUUGAGUAAAUUUCAACCUGUUAAGUAUAUGUAAAGUCUUGUGACCAAUAUUUCACGCCUCUGAGAUAAAACUUUAGUAGAUAAAAAGUGCAUAGAGAAUCUUUGACGGCUGUACAAGUCGGAAGGAAAAUAUUUCAAAAUGUCAACAGUAGAAAAUUUGAAAAUUAUUUCCUUGGAUGUUAAGGAUCUAAGGUUUCCCACCUCCUUGCAAUCAGAUGGGUCAGAUGCCAUGCACACAGAUCCUGACUACUCAUGCGCAUACGUCACCAUAAAAAUAGCAACUGGUUUAGAAGGAUACGGUCUAACCUUUACCCUUGGUAGAGGCACUGACAUUGUAGUCCAGGCUAUAAACUCAUUAAAACCCCUGGUUGUUGGACAAGUCGUCAGCGACAUCUACAAAGAUUUUGCGUCAUUUUGGAGAUCAAUAACCAGCGAAAGUCAGCUAAGAUGGAUUGGUCCAGAAAAAGGUGUGACUCACUUGGCAACAGCUGCAAUCAUUAACGCCCUCUGGGAUUUGUGGGCCAAACUUUUGAAAAAACCCGUCUGGCAAUUACUUGCCGAUUUAGAGCCUGAACAAAUUGUUUCAUGCAUUGAUUUUAGAUAUUUGUCGAAUGUUAUCACUAAAGAUGAAGCUUUACAUCUUUUGACACAAGGCAAAUUUGGAAAGGAGCAACGAAUGAAUAUUUUGUUGGAAAAAGGGUACCCCUGUUAUACUACGCAAGCAGGCUGGCUAGGAUAUUCAGAUGAAAAAAUUAAGAUGUUGGCCCAAAAAUACUUAGAUCUGGGAUUUAAUGCGUUUAAACUUAAAGUAGGAAGAAAUUUAAAGGAAGAUAUAAAACGUCUUCAACUCGUAAGAAACAUCAUUGGAUGGGACAAAACGUUGAUGGUAGACGCCAAUCAGGUAUGGGAAGUCCAAGAAGCCAUAGACUGGAUGAAAUUUUUGGCCCCUUUUAAACCUCUUUGGAUCGAAGAACCCACUUCGCCUGAUGACGUUUUGGGGCAUGCGCAGAUAGCCAAAGCAUUAAAUCCUCUGGGUAUAGGUGUCGCCACAGGAGAAAUGUGUUGCAACAGGGUAUUAUUCAAGCAGUUUCUGCAAGCUGACGCUUUACAGUAUUGCCAGAUCGAUUCGGCUAGAAUAGGCGGUAUUAACGAAAUUCUUGCUGUUUAUUUAAUGGCCAAAAAAUUAGGAGUUAAGGUUUGUCCCCAUGCUGGAGGAGUAGGGUUGUGUGAGAUGGUUCAACAUUUACAAAUGUGGGACUAUGUGGCUUUAUCUGGUACAUCAGAGGGAAAAUGGGUUGAAUUUGUAGACCAACAGCAUGAACACUUUUUGCACCCAGCUAUUGUGGAAAAUGCUCACUACAGAGCACCAAGGGUUCCUGGAUACAGCACUGAAAUAAAACCAGAAGCUGUUAAAGCUUAUGAAUAUCCCAAUGGGUCAGAAUGGGAAGAUAUGUUUUCUAAAGGCAUCUUUCAUGACCCAAGAAAAGAUAAAUAAAGAUUUUAGUUUUUAAAUAAACUUACCCAUUUAGGUUUCAUAUUUUCAGGGAAAUAGUUUUUCUUUAAAUACUCUUAUAGUUAUAAAAUUAGUUUUAAG